AUGAAACGACUAGCUCCAUUGACUAAUGCACCGUCUCCGAAAAAUCUUACAGAAUUACGUUCACUAGUGGGUGCUCUUCAAUACUAUUCCCGUUUUAUUCCUAAUUUUUCUUGUCGUGCAAAUUGUUUAUUUAAUAUUUUAACAUCCAAUUCAUUCAAAUGGAGUGAGGAACAAGAGUCAUGCUUACGAAGUCUGCUGAAGUUUCUUCAAAGUGAUGCUGUUCUUCGAACGUACUCCCCUAAUGUACAUUCUGUGCUUAUUACUGAUGCAUCACCUGUGGGAAUUGGUGCAGUUUUGGAACGGGAAGGUAGACCAGUUAUUUGUGUUUCACGCAAACUUACUGUUACUGAACAAGGUUAUUCACAGACUCAGCGAGAAGCAUUAGCUGUGUUUUGGGCUGUUAAAAGACUUCAUAAAUAUUUAUUCGGAAAGAAAUUCACUAUUGUUACUGAUCAUGAAGCUUUAAAGUUUAUUUAUCAUCCCGGAAAAUCCUUAGCACGUUCCUCAGCAGCUAUGGUUCAGCGAUGGAGUAUUGCUUUGAGUGCAUAUGACUAUACGGUUCAGCACAGAAGUGCCAAACAGAUUCAACAUGUUGAUUACAUUUCUCGACAGUCAUUACAAGAUAAACCUAUUAAUACUUCGGAUUGUUUGUUAGUGCAACCUUUAUCAGUGAGACGUUCAGAUCUCAUUAGAGAAACUCGUAGAUAUUUUGGAUGUAUACUCAGUGUUAUAAGGAAAGGUUGGAAUGCUAAUUUGAAACGGAGAUUUCCUAUCUAUUUUUCAAAGCGGGAUGAGUUAUCUACUACUCCUGAUGGUAUUCUGUGUUUAAACGAUCGUGUUGUCAUUCCUCCCUCAUUGCGUAAAUCUGUUCUUGAAGAUCUUCAUAGUGGUCAUUUAGGUGUUGAGAAAAUGAAGUCCUUGGCAAGGCUCACAUGCUGGUGGCCAGAGAUAAAUGCAGAUAUAUGUCGUACGGCAAACAGUUGUGAGAAAUGUCAUCAGUUGAAAAACCAUCCUUCGAAGUGGGUGCCAUGGCCAGUAUCGUCUGAGGCCUGGCAGAGGAUUCAUGCUGAUUAUUGUGGACCAUUUCUUGGUAAAUACUACGCACUAGUAGUCAUUGAUUCUUUUUCAAAGUGGCCUGAAGUUUUUUUCACAAUUUCACCGAAUUCUGAUUUCACAAUACAAGCAUUAAGAAAGGUGUUUAGUCGAGAAGGUGUUCCCUUGGUGUUGGUGACUGAUAAUGGCUAUCACUUUGCUGCAGAUGCAGUCACUACCUGGUUGAAAGGUAUAGGGUACAGACAUCUGUUUACUGCUCCCAGACAUCCGUGUUCUAAUGGUCAGGCAGAGAAUUUUGUUAGGACAUUAAAGACUGCUAUUGAUUCUAUAGCCCCCUCAACAUUUAAUGAGCUGGAGAGGGGAGUAGAUACCUUUCUAUUGCAAUAUAGAAAUCCCAAACAUUCGGUGACGAAGGAGACUCCAGCGAAGCUAUUGAAAGGAAGAAUUCUUCGGUCGAAUAUGAGAUGUCUGGAGUCUGCAGAGGUUACAUACUAUCGAGGAAAUGAUCUUCGACCAUCUACGGGUAUUGUUCUGAAGAAUGUCGGAAAAUCGAUGGUGCGAAUUCUAGACAUCGAUGACUUAAGUACACACAGUCGACAUGUAGAUCAAAUACAAUUUCAGGAACCAGGUGAGUCAGUUCCAAUUUCGAUUGUUAAUUCUAAUGCUAAUGAGCAUAUUCUAGAUAAUACAGAAUCCUUAUCCAAUACAAUGUCAGACAGACUCAGGAUGAAUUUGAGAAGAAGACGUACGAUUGAUUAUAAACACCUAGACUCCAAUUUAAGCUGUGGCGGAUGUGGUGUUUGA